AUGUCUGAGAAGCUCCCUACCGGAAAGAACCCGUUCGCUAACCGCGGUGAAUGGACUUCUGAUGUACUCAAGCAGAUUGAUAUUGCUGUCACUGACUUCCGCGAGACUACUAGUGAUUUCACUCGCAAACGUAACCCUGGCCACCGCUACUGGAGGGGUAAUGUUACCUUCAAGUUUGAAGGAUUUGAGUCCCGUAUUUUGAAGAUGGCUAUGUGUCCUGUUCCCUUCCACAAGAAUACUACGUAUGGAAAAGAUUUCAUCUAUGCUAAUCUGCAGAAGCCUGUCGCCGAUGCUAUCAUCAAGGCUUGUCUGAAGGAGGGUAUUGUAGCCACCCAUCUUGACAAGAAGAUCUCCGGUACUGAUAGGGAUUGGUGGGCCACUAUCAACAACACUGAUGGUUCCAUUGGUACAGUCGAUGAAAGUGGUGAUUUCGAUGUUAAGGACUUGCAACAUAUCUUUGAUGCUACAUCCAAGGGAGCCAGAAUUAACCUUGAUCUUGUAUUCUCUGUAAGACUUACACUCACUGAUGGUAAGGAAAGGAAGGAUAACGAUACCUUCCGUAUUAUUGCUGAUUGUAGUCGUGGUGCUAUCAAGGCUAUCAACCAAGAUAUUGAACCUCCUAAUGUUGAAACUCAGAUCCCACAGCAACGUGCCUCGAAGCAGGAUAUAGUUGGUCAGGACCUUCUAGAUGCUAUUAAUAAUCUUACUACCAACCACUAG